AAUUCUCACUCUCUCAGUCUGCUCGAUGGUGUCUUGGUUUUGUUGAUGCUUGAUUGAAGGAAUGGAUAAUCAUGCUAUUUUUACCAUUGGGCAAAUGUUUAUUAAAUCUUUAGCACAGUGGGAUUUUAUGGAAAUUUUGGUAUAGGAAAGGAUGCAUGUAGUGAUUCAAUUUUGGUAUGGAAAUUUUGCUAUUUCAACAACGGCUCUUCUCUCUGCUACAGAGCUGCAACUCGAUAAAAAAAAACUCACCCAGAUUGACACCCAAAUAACAAUUCACGAACUCACACAAAAAAGCUACAUUCUUGUUCAGAUUUUAUCGUUCUAUGUAGCUUCUGGGUGUCUCCAAAGUUCCAAACCAGACAUAUCAGAUGUGCUUUUCUAUGCAUAAUAGGAAAAGAGCAAGUCCUCAGCUUUCCUAAGACUUGAAUCAUUCUUAGCUGCUGAAGGGUAUAUCAGACGGAAGCUGGACGGACUUGCAUGAAAACAUCAUGCGGGAAAAUUGAAACACAUGGCGACAUGUGUUAGGUUUGAGACACCGCCACCUUGAUGUACCACUUCUCCCGACAGAAGCAUGUCUUCAGCUUUCUUGGUGAGUUUUGUUGGAGUUAUAUUAAUAAAAACCAAAGGUAGCUGACCAUGGAAGCAAAAGCCGCAUUACAUUUGCCCAACGCUUUAUAUUUUUGGUAAAAUUUGAACACUUUAUUAAAGCCAAAGCUACCUUUUUUGUCCAUCUGUGAUUGGAGCUGCUGCUAAUAUUUUUUCACCAGCAAAGUAGUGUUCUUCUUCUUGGUAGCUUACCAAGGAAGCAACCCCGCAUUGUACAUCUACUUUAAUUUGAGCACCAUAAACGAGCGGGGACUUGGGUUUUGAUUUGAACACUUUAUAAACGAGCAAGGACUUGGGUUUUGAUUUGAACACUUUAUAAAUGAGCGGACUUAGGUUUGAUUCGAACACUUUAUAAACGAGUGGGAACUUGAGUUUUAAUUUGAACAUUCUAUAAACGAGCAGAGACUUGGGUUUUGAUUUGCACACUUGAAGAAAAAAAAAAUGGCCAGUCGGAGCGAGGACCGGUGCGAAAUAGCCUUCUUCGACUUGGAGACGACGAGGCCGACCGACCGCACCAUCUUGGAAUUCGGGUCGAUUCUCGUUUGCCCCAGGACGCUGGUGGAGCUCGACAACUACUCCACCCUGGUCCGACCCGCCGACCUCUCCGUCAUCAGUUCCCUGCCCGACCGCCGCAACGGCAUUACCCGCGCCGCCCUCGUCGACGCCCCUUUUUUUCAGGACAUCGCCGACAGGGUCUACGACAUUCUCCACGGACGUAUAUGGGCUGGUCACUACAUUCUGAAGUUUGAUUGUGAGCGGAUUCGGGAGGCUUUCGCGCAGAUUGGUCGGCGUGCACCAGAACCGAAAGAUACAAUCGAUUCAUGGGAAUUAUUGAGACAGACGUUCGGAAGGAGAGCUGGUGACAUGAAGAUGGCCUCCCUUGCAACCUAUUUCGGGCUUGGACAGCAGACACACAGGAGUUUGGAUGAUGUUCGAAUGAAUCUGGAAGUUCUGAAAUGCUGUGCGGCCGUUUUAUUCAUGGAGUCGAGCCUCCCGGACAUAUUCAAGAAGAAUAGUUGGGUUCCUUCAAAUGCUAACACAAGAAUUUGUAGUGAAAACACCGAACGAGUCUCUAAUCUGGUUGAAUCUAGCACAGCUCGACCAUAUGCCUUUGACAUGGACCCGCUUCGCGAUGAAGUGAUGCAAGAGCAGAAUCAGCCAGACAACGCCAUGGUAGAAAUGCCUAUGCAAAAGUCUGUUGAGAGUUCUUCCUCUUUCGCUGCAUCGGGGAGUUCCCAUGGCACUAUGGAGUUUUUACAGCCAGAUGAAGUUUCUAUUCCUUCUAUCCGUGCUACCCUUGUUCCGUCGUAUAAUCGGAGUCAGAGGAUAAAGUUGUUACACAAAGAUGAAACUUUGCAGCUUUGCUAUAGGCAUAUGGAAUUGCGGUUUGGAAUCAGCGGAAAGUAUUCUGAUCAAGAUGGCCGUCCACUAUUGGAUAUUGUUUGUUACGCAUCACAAAAUUUGUGCAAAGUUCUUGAUGCAUGUGAUGGCGUUGUACAAAAGUUUAAGGAUUCUGGUAGCAGCUCCGAAUGGAAGCCUGCUGUGAUCCAAAAGGACCGUACUUAUACAGUGAAAUUACACAUACAGCACACCACAGAGAUAUAUCAAAAAGAGCCUUGUGGCGCAGAGCAGAGGCUCGUCACCAAGUUUGAUGCUUCAGAACUUAGCACCCACUUAAAACCGCGGACUUUUGUCGAUGCAUUCUUCUCCUUGGAACCGUAUGACUAUCAGCAGAGUGCAGGCAUUAGGUGGGUGGCAAAGAAAUUGAUUCUUCUUCCCAAUUGAUGGAGGAAUUUGUAUCUGUAAAAUAGUUGUUCAAUUUUAUAAACAAAAGUGGGAAUCAGGGGAUGCUGAUGGUUGUGACAUGUAAUUGCAGCAUCUCUGAUUUAUUGUAUCUACAAUUUAUUAUUAUAGAAAUGGUUUUCGCACU